GCAGACAAAGUACACACUGAUCGAUGAACAGGACAUACCAUUGGUGGAGAACUAUGCCUUCGAGGUAAGAGGGUGGGGAUUUACAAGGAGGGUGUGGUGAGAGUAAUUCUAGUCAAAUACCAUUGCCACGCUAUCCUGGCCCCAGUAAACAAAACAAAAAAACUACUGGACUUUUGUUGAAACUAUAGAAGGAAAUGGCUAUAUAAGGAAAUGGGCUGGGAUAUAAAAAUGCCACACCAUAUUUUUCAGGCACGCAUGGAUGUCGAUGCAGAUGGCAAUGGGGCAAGGAUCUUUGCUUAUGCCUUCGACAUUGGCAAGGGGCGCUGGGCUGGUAGGCCGCUGCAUGAGCUGCUCUGGUGAGUUGAUGUCCCAUCCCCACAAUCUGCUCCUGAAUACAUCAUCAUAGUCUGUGUUGGUAAGGGCAGCUUUUUGCCUUCAUCAAACAAACUGUGCAUGCUUCCUAUUGUGUGUGACGCUGGCAGACUGGUUGAGUCAUAAGGCGAUUUGAAUGUUUCUCCAGGGAGAAGCACAGAGGAGGCAUUGCUCCCAGCUUCCAAGUUGUCCACAUCAACUCUGUCACUGUCGAUAACCGUCUGGACAACCUGCGACUGGUCCCCCUGGGUUGGAGCCCCAAACCAGAGGAAAUCUCCAGCAAACAAAGGUAUUAUAGCUGUGCACUUCUCCACUACAAUUACUAGAGCUACAUUCCGCUCUCCUAGCAUUCAUCACUUCUUUACUGAGGAAAAUACAAAAUAUUUACUGAGGAAAGACAAGGUUAUUCAGACUUAGCUUAGUAUUACUUGUAAAUGUUUCACUUGUCAUAAAGGUAUGUUAACUGGUAUUUUUUUCGCCCUGUAGAGAGCAGUCUCUGUACUGGCUGGCCAUCCAGCAGGUACCAGCUGACCCCGUAGAGGAGCAGUACCUGGAGCUCAGUCGUACACGGUACUACAACGCUAACGGAGAGCUGGUGGAGGAGGAGGAGUGCUCCUGUACUUACUAUGAGUGUCACUACCCACCCUGCUCGCUCAUCGAGAGGAGAGUACGUACUGCUACCACCAUAUAUUCAGCUAUCUACAGUUAUCUUCACACUCCAUAUACUUUCACUCUAGGGAAGGGAGUAUUGAAGUAUAUGGCUUUGAGGAUUUCUGUGAUCCUAUUUACUACUGAGGCUGACAUAGAUAUUGUUGCUAUUUUGAGGUGUUUAAUAUGGUAGUCUCAGAACAGUGUCACAAAACCCAUACAGGUGUCUUUCCACCAGUCUGAUUUUGUCUCCAUCUGUCCACAGCUUAGAGAGUUCAACAUCUGUGGUCGCUGUCAGGUGGCUCGCUACUGUGGCUCCCAAUGCCAGCAAAGGGACUGGCCCGCCCACAAGAAGCAGUGCCGCGAGCGCAAAAGGGUCCUGGCCCUGGAGUCUGAACCAGAGCGAUGAUCUCUGGAUCAACCACCAGGAUAGGGGAAUUGGGGGGAAGAUUGUGAAUGAAGUAAAAAGAAAAAAAAUCUGCCCACAGAGAAUGAUGACAGAGGACAAUGUUGGUUGGGUAAAAAAACAAAACAAAAAAAUGCUACAACAACCAUUUCCCAGAACUGGCAAAUCUCCAUAUUAUUAUUUACAUGUCAAUGGGGAUGAUGGGAAGUGUGUAUAAAAGAAAUUGGAGCGGGAGAUCCUCCUCGAGCUCUACCUGCUGCUAUGGAUUUGUAUGUUUUAGUAAGACGAGGUCACAUGGAUAAAUUGCUUCUUUUGGACAGCAAUUGAUUAUCGACAGUUGUUGUCAUUAGCUUUCUCCUUCCUUCCACCCACCAACCUGUAAUGCCAUGUACAGGGACAUAGGGAGGUCCGUACCUGCUGCUCACCUGGUUCAAUAGGACAUGGACCUUUUCACUGUUCUACUACUUGGACCUCUGCUGCACACACUCACAGUCAUCUCCUUGUCAUGCUCUAAGACCAACAUACAGCAGAUAGAUUUACUGUUCUGUCAUACUAACAGUAUUGUGUGUGCUGCCAUUUUGGACUGAAGGACAUCGAUGAUGUGCUGAACAUUGGGGGGGGAAGGGUGUUUUGUUCUGUGUAUAGCCCUUUUUUUUGUCCCUCUUUUUGUCGGGAGGGUUGGGAAGGGGUAAUCAACUUUGGCUUAAUCACUUGUAGAGGCAUUGUUACUUUCCUGUGCUGAACAUCCCUGAAUGAAUCUGCGAUCGGUCGGUUGCCCAUCCAGAUGCCCACAAACACAGUCCCUGUCGCUAACGCUAACGUUCCAGGGAUAUACUGGGGGAAAACUUGGAAAACCCACUCACCCAGGUUGGCCAUUGGACAGGCUAUGUCAGUUCGUUCUUGGGAUUGUAUGAAAUGGCCCGAAUUCAAUUCCAUUGUUUUCUACACGUCAGUCAUCAAAGAGAUAUCUGUUCUAUGCCCAAUGAUCACUCCCUAAGUGUGCUAAUCACUCCCUAAGUGUGCUAUUCAUGAACACCUGCUCAAAGUUUGUCUUCCUGUUGUGUCUUAGAUGGUGAUGAUGAAUCCUGACACACUCACAGAUAAUGCAUGUAACAAGCAGACCGUCAUAAUACAUGCAACACAUCAUUGUUUUUUAUGUAUGUGGACGGGUUCAUAACACUGCACUGAAUUGUUUUAACACACCCCACUAUUAUCUUUGUCAUAGAGAUGGGAAAAGUUUAGCGGUAGGGAGAGUUGACUGUUGGGUGUAAAAAUUAUAAUUUAUUUUAUAGAAUGAAAGAAUGAAUCACAGAAUAAAAAGCUACAUUAUGUGAGCAGGAGUAAAGUUGGGGUUAACUAGCUAUUUCUUUUCACUGUAAAAUGAUCAAAUGAAAUAAAAUGAUUCCCAUGGAUGUAUGACCGUUGUGGGGGUUUAGGGGACCCUCAUGGUAUGACACCUCAAAAAUGUUUGUUGGUUGUUCAUUUAGAUAU